AUGAAGAGCACUUCAGAAUAUUCACCGCUCGCCGUUAGCGAUGAAACUGAAGAGUCGGUGUUCAGUGUCUCGUCGGACGAUGACCAACACAACUCCGACUUGUCUUUUGAAAACCCUACUUUGAGACGACUACUUGGCCUCACGGUCGUGCUGUCGCUAGUCUGCUCUAUAGUCUCAUUGGUCUUUCUAUGCAUGAAUGCUCGUACACAGUGGGACUUGCACUUUCUCCUGGGCGGAAUCGUCGUACAGUCGAGUACGCCUGACGAGAGGCCCGAUCCUGGGCUGCUGGAGAGACCAAGUGUAUAUAAUGUCCUUGACAAGCUUCCUCCUGAGCUGCAGCAUUCGGCACUGCUAGGCACUCUCGAUGUCUUUCCAUCGUUCUUCCAACCUGUGGACCACAUCCAUCGACACUACGUCUUCCCGUCGGAUGGUCAUGCACGGUUCACAUUCAAUGGACGUGUUUCACCAGGAGACCAUCGUAUCCUCCUGACGGAUCACAUUACAAUGAUCGCUCAAUUUCGAGUCCAUGACUAUGGCAUGGAGCGUUGCCGCGUCGUCUCUUCGAUACCAAGCUGGGAGCUUCUGCAAUCUCAUAACCAGACGCUACAUCUCGCAGGCGAUACGUCUCACAUUGAAGUUUGGAAUCUGACAUCGUCGGGGAAGGCUCUGGACGAACGAACUCUUGCCUGGGAGACUAAGCCACCUCGCAGGGAACUCAUCACCACUCUUUCCGUUCAUGAAAAUUCCACCCAUAAAUCUGACGAGUUUUGGUGUGGCACAUCGGGAAGUUUGCAGACGUUCGAACUCCUCUGCCCAGGUGUAGGCUGCUACAUAGAACUCUGGCAGGAUUACUACUUUCAACCACGGUUUGGUAUCAUCAUUCAGCAGUUCCCGUCGAAAUGA